ACCUUUAAAACCACCUUAAACCUCUUUCUUCUGCAGCUGAAAAAACAAAAAAACAAACAAAGAUGCAACCUUCAUAUUGCUUGAAGGAAAAUAAACCCUGUGUUGGUUGGGUUCAAAAUUACUUCAGUGACUGUUUAUGUAAUAUUAAUGAUGAAAUUUCAUUUGCUUUUGGCUUCAUAAGUUUAAUUUGUUGGGGUGUUGCUGAAAUUCCUCAGAUUAUCACUAAUUUUCGUGCUAAGUCUAGCCAUGGUGUUUCUCUUGUUUUUCUCCUCACUUGGGUUGCUGGAGACAUAUUUAACCUGGUGGGUUGUCUUCUAGAACCAGCUACGUUGCCAACCCAAUACUACACAGCUCUGCUUUACACGAUCACUACGAUCGUGUUAGUAUUGCAAAGCUUCUAUUAUGACUACAUCUACAAAUGGUGCAAGCGUCGUCAAAAGAUCAAACCCGAAGAGACUUAUGAAGAAGAGAAAAAACCAUUGAAACCAAAACAAGGGAUUUAUGAGUCAGGAAUUCCAAUAAGAAGUGGAAAACACAGAGUAAUACCUAGACCAGAGUACUACUAUGGCUCAGCAAGAUCAUUGGCUGGUAAUGUUACUCCACCAUCUCGCUCUUACAUGAGAGUUGCUAAAAGUGGACCUUCUGCUAUGGGAUUGAACGAAGAUUCAUCGUCUUCUGAUGAUGAGGCACAUUCAGUUCCUGCAACACAGCCGAGACAAAUCCCUCGUUCUGCGGGAGCCUAUGGAACAUUUCUAGCUGCAUCGAUUAACUUGCCUAUGCAGGGUAACGCUUUGAAAGUGGGAUACAUGAGACUGAGUGGAAGAAAACUACUCUCCCAAGAACAUGUAACACACAGUGCAUUGGGUCAAUGGUUGGGAUGGCUCAUGGCUGCUAUCUAUACCGGCGGUCGCAUACCUCAAAUAUGGUUAAAUAUCAAAAGAGGGAGUGUUGAGGGAUUAAAUCCUUUCAUGUUCAUCUUUGCGCUGAUUGCCAAUUCCGCUUAUGUGGGAAGUAUUCUUGUACGAACUACAGAAUGGGAAAGCAUCAAAGCUAAUAUGCCAUGGUUGUUGGAUGCCAUUGUUUGUGUGGCAUUGGACCUAUUUAUAAUAUUGCAGUACAUCAAUUACAGAUACCAUCGAAAGACAAGUCCAAGUGAAUAUGGUAAUUGUGAAGACUACAAAGAAGCCAGAAAAACUAUUGUUUCUUGAUUUCUAGAGAUGUAACAUUAAUUUUGAAUUGAACUAAUAUUAGUAUAUAGUACUUUCUACUAGUCCACUAUAACAUUCAACUAUAGUAUGCUGUGGACUAUAUAAGUAACUAGCAAUCAAAGUUAACAAUGUCAAGCUUAUGAAAUUUGAACCGUUCAUGGUUCUUAAUUAUACCUUAUUUGUAUUAAGCUCUAUCAAAUCAAAUGAUUAGUUAUAA